AUGUCGAAUCCGAACUUUUCCGCCGACGAGCAAGCAUUCACCAACCAGGUACUUGCACUUGCCGAUCCUCAAAAGCUUGGAAUUGUGCCCGGAGAUCUUGCCGUCAACUUAUUUGCCGGCUCAAACAUCCCGGCAGACACACUGGGAGACAUAUGGCAGAUCGCCGACUCUGAGAACAAUGGCUUCCUCACUAGGAAAGGACUUGGAAUCGCGCUCCGACUGAUGAGUCAUGUUCAGUUUGGCGAAAAAGUGGAUGAGAGCCUGGUCAACAAACCUGCUCCCCCUCCAACUAUCAAAGGGGUCACGCCGUUUCCGGCUAAGCCAAGCACCCCGGCAUCGAUGCAGCGGCCAGUUCCGGCCACGCCCACUCCUCGACCUGUGCCACCCAUUCCGGUUCGGCCAUCCACUGUAUACGCGCCGAUAUUGCCUCUUCUGACAGCCGAGGAUCGUGCCAAAUUCACCAAAAUAUUUGCUCAGAGUGGUCCGGUGGCCGGCUUACUAUCCGGCGAGAAGGCCAGAUAUGUGUUCCUGAAGUCCAAGCUGCCAUUCGAUACCCUUGGGCAGAUUUGGGUGCUCGCGGACACCCAAUCUCGCGGGGCAUUGGACCUCACAGACUUCAUCCUAGGGAUGUAUUUCAUCCAAUCGACUAUGAAUAAGUCGAUCCCCACUCUUCCCGCGACUCUUCCGGCCGAGCUGUAUGAACAGGCAUCCGGUGGUCGCACAGUUGUCGCGUCACCAUCACCCGUUUCCCCGAUAUCGCGACAGCCUACGGGACAGCAGCCGAUUGCAACCCAUACAACGGGCGGCAGCUUCCAUGGCGCUUCAUCUCCUGGCUUUGUGUCCCAAUUUCCAUCUGCGACUCCUGCUGUUCAGAGAACUGGCAGCAUUUCGCGUGUGACGGCAGUACCCACAGGAUCGUCAAUUGCUUCUCCGUGGACACGGCAACCUGUUUCUACCACAUCAUGGGACAUCACUCCUGUGGAGAAAGCAAGCGCUGACAGGUUCUUUGCAUCUCUUGACAAGGCAAAUGUAGGCUCCAUCACCGGCGAUAUCGCUGUGCCCUUCAUGUUGGAAUCUAAAUUACCGGAAAGUGUCCUCGCGCAGAUCUGGGAUCUUGCCGACAUGGAUAAUUUGGGUCAACUCGAUCGAGACGGGUUUGCUGUCGCCAUGCAUUUGAUCAAUGGACAACUCGCGGGCAAAGAUCUUCCUUUGACAUUGCCUCUCUCGCUCAUUCCACCCACAAAACGAUCAACAACUUCUAUUCAAGCUCCAGGGCGGCCAGUGGAUGAUCUGUUUUCCUUGUUUGACGAUCAGCCUGUGCAUCAGGCUACAUUUCCACCCGUUGCGACCGGGUCACGCCAGAUACCAGGGCCUACACCAGAUGUCCCGCAUACUCAUCCUGAUUUAUUGGGAGAUGAGGAUGUCGCGGAACCAGUGCCUCCAGUAUCCGACCGUUCGGCAGAAGUUGGCACUUUGCGGAACCAGCUCGCUUCUACCCAGCGUUCCCUUGAAAAGUCAAAGUCGGAGAGAACCACGCUAGAGACGCAGAUAGCCGAUCAUGCGAGUCAGAUCGCCCAGCUAGAGUCUCAGCUCGCAGCUGCAAACGCUGCCCAUGAUGCGGAGACCCAGCUUUUAUCAACCGUCAGGACGCGGGCUGCUGAACAGGUGGAACAAAUUCGCAAACUCAAGGAAGAUCUCAUUCGGGCGGAAAGUGACCUCAGUGCGACACGACUCGAGAAAACUGAGAUCGAAACCGCUCUGCUUCGCGACAAAGAAGAUGUCCGCGAUAUGCAAAAAAGGAUGAAGGCUAUUGGGGACGAUGUGGAUAAAGUGAAAUCUGACCUAGAGAAAUCGAAGAACGAUGCUCGUCUGCAGAAAGGACUAGUAGCAAUCGCCAAGAAACAGUUAGCCAGUGCCGAGGCCGAAAAGGCGAAGUUUCUCGACGCGUUGGCCGCCGUGCAGAGGGAACUUGAAGAAGCAAAACAGCAAGUGAAAGAAGCUGAAACUGCGGCUGCAGCCACCCUAGCAUCAAUUCCUGGCCAAUCUGUCUCUGGGGAACAGCCCCAAGCCAUUGCCGUGGCCUCUGCAGACAUGAGCAAGCCGAUGACAAUUCCUCUGCCAGAAACGCCGGAGCCAGGUGCUACCCCUUCGGUGACGUCCUCGAAAAGCAACAACCCCUUUGACAAGCUGACGCGCGGAAUGAGCUCCGGUGGCAAUACUCCCCAAUCGGCUGUGUCCACUCUACCUGUCGCUACCUCCAUUCCUGCGGAAUCUGUCGGUUUAAAUGUCGACAGGGACAUGCCAGCUGAAAGUGUGAAAUAUGAGGUACCCACUUCCGGUGAAGUGGUAAUGCCUUCCGCAAUUUCCACGACUUCUCAGGAGCAUCCCGGAGAGGAUCCCUUUGGCCUAGAAAGUCAAGACGCGCAGCCUUCUGGUCAGCCUGCAUCCUUCGAUGACAUUUUUGGACCCAACACUGUGGACUUGCAUAUCUCUUCUCCGGCAGCUUUCGCUGCCCAAACAGAGGUCGCCGCUUCCUCAGAAUCAGAAGGAGCUGGGCCAGCGAACCUUUCCAGCCAGCGAAGGGAGAAAUCCGACGCUCUCCAGGACGCAGAAAACCAUUUUCCGGCUUUAAAUGCGGUGGAUGAGGACCUCCCACCUCUUCGAGAGGUCGAGCACGCUGAUGAUGACUCUAGCGAGGACGAGUUUCAAAGCACUCCACAAACUGGGCGUUCCGUUCCGGAGUCUGUAACACUCGACCACCCCGCAACCACCAGCCAAGACGAUGCUCAGUCAACUGUCCCUUCGACGACUACCUCCGUGGCAGCGCAUAUCUCAUCGGCCGAGAUUGUUGUACCACAAUUCCCAGAAAACAAAGCACUACCAACGUCUGCGCCUGCUAAGGACGAUGAUUUCUUCGGAAGCGGAUUCACUGUGCCAAAUGUUGUCGUUGGGCCAACGUUGGGUCACUCAGUAGCGUUGGAUGAUUUCGACGAGGCCAUGGGGCAAAUGGCUGCUAGCAAGGAUGCUAUUGGAUCAUUCCAAUUUGAUUCAGCCUUCGACAGUACAAGCUCGGCACCUGCGAUUUCUCCUGCAGCUGUGGCUGCCCCUCAACCCUCCCUAACUCAGGCUCCUGUUAACGGAGACAUCGCCACGGCAUCUGCUGUAAACGGAGAGACCUCUGUUCCUUCUGCAGCUAAGGUUUUAGCAGAUGCCGAGGAAUUCGAUUCAGUGUUUCACAGCGUUAGACAGAAUGGCUCUACCGUGACCCAGGAAUCUGCUACUCCUUCCCUUUCUUUUGACGAUGCUUUCGUCGUCCCGCUCAUGUCCGGCCCAGCUCAGCCACCCAAAACCGAAAACACGAGGAGCAUUUUCGCUGCCAACAUGCCUUCACCUCGAACUCCCCAACGAAGAACAACAUCAAAGAAUAGAGGUCUCAUCUUAAACCCUAACAUGCCUGCCGUAUUCCAUGCCGAACUGGCUCCACCGCAGAUGCAGCGAACUGAGGGUGUAGCCACCCCGGCGCUCCCAGACGACGUUGAUGCCGUGAAGCAACUUUGUGGGAUGGGCUUCACACGGUCGCAGGCUGUGGAGGCACUGGAGAAAUAUAGUUAUGAUGUGUCGAAGGCGUUGAACUCCUUGCUUCGUUGAACUCUCAAGCCGUUGAUAUCCUGCGAUUUUUU